AUGUUUGGCAGUAGCUCAGAUUGUUUUGUAUGCUAUAGCCAUGGCAUGGUAGAUUAUGAUCAUGAAAAUGCCAAGAACAAUUUGAAAAAUAGAGAGACUGAAUUUUCGAUCCAGGAAUGGUAUUUCUUACCAUUGAGAAGACAAGUGACAAGAGGGGCUGAAGUACUUAUAACAGGAUGCUUGUAUUAUGGAUUUCUUGUAGGAUCACUUCUUGAUAUCUUUUUCUCAUUUGAGGGAGGCAAGCUUCUGGAGGAGUAUAACUACCUCUUCCCUCUUCUGAAUCAGGGGAAGGAAUCAUGUACUUGUGAUGUUGUUGGCGGAUCGAUGACUUGUUGCCGGCUGGAUUGGUACUGGCUCAGGGAUGGAGGCUUGCCUGCACCAGUUGAAAAUCAGGAAGCAUGUCUUGCCCCGGCAUCACAAGCAGUAGUGGAGGUCCGAGCCAAGGUUCUCCCUAGUGGAAUUGUGGACCAGAGCCGAGGAAUGGAAGAGGUUGAAAUGCUCCAUGUCCCGUCCCCGUUUGUACAUGAUCUUCAUGUGAAGAAGAAACAAAUGGAGAAGCUACCAGGACUUCAUCAUUUUUCCCUUAACGCGGAGAUGGAGGAUUUCUGCAAGUCUCAGCGGCAGCGGCAACAACGGCUUGCCGUUGGACGUAGGAGAGAGUAG